CGGAUAAAAUUAAUAUUUCUUGUUAUACCUUUUUAAGAAAAAUGCCGUAUGAUCCUGAUGAUGAUGAAAAAAAAAUCGAGUCUAGGGUGUCUUAUCUCCAAUCACAAGUACAACAUAAAACAUGUUCACUGUCAAUUAUGACCUCACCUCGGAAUUUCACGGACUUUUCUGGUAUGAUAACGAAACCACCUAGUUCAGACGCGCCUAGAUGGAGAUAUUAUGAACCAGGUUUAAAUAUUGAAGGAUAUUGCAAAAACCCUUCUUGUGCAGCUUACAAUAGUAGUCGAGUUAUUAAGCCACUAGGUUUUCGGGUUUUCAAAUUUUGUAUUGAUUCAUAUCUCUGCAAGUGUCCUCUUUGUGGAUGUAAAUUUAAUGAGGAAACUUGUGGUUUUUAUAAAACUCGAUUUAGAUAUUAUGGAUAUCAGGAGGGAAACAGCAAUAAGUUUGAUAGUGGGUGGACUACCGCUUCUAGUACUGGAUACACUACUUUUGAUUCUUCGGAUAAACACCUUGUUCCGUGGCGUCAACUUACGAUUGAAGCAACUGAUGAUUCAUGCACCAUAAUUUAGCUGUAAUUUCUUUUUAAGGAUUUUAUAAUAACCAUUCCUUUUUAACUAGGCAGUUUUAUCUUUCUUUCCUUGUGAUUUUUACAUAUGCAGAACAUAUUUAGAAUGAAAUAAAUCAAAUUUUUUAAAAAACAAAAAAAA